AUGAUAACGUGAGAGCAGGAAUCUUGUCCAUUACUGUGCCUCGGCUUCCCACUCCUCUCCACUCUGGAGAGAUGGUUAUUAUUUUAUUGUAGCCUACACUAGGCUAUAGUCUAUUCAGCGAAGAAGGAAAAAAAAACAUUUGAAAUGGUAGCCUAUGUUUGACUACAUGACAAGUGUCCGUUUACAGAAGAAGUUUGACAGAAUUUAUGUUGGAUUACCAGCAAUCAUUCACACGUUAGCGAGGAGCCUGUGGACACAGCUGCUAUCAUAACCAACUAUCAACGCUGAUGGUCACCCCAGAGGAGCAGAUAUGUACCAGGGUUUAGCCAUGACAACCAACCACGGACCCUCGACGUACGAGCCCAGUUUCCUCCACAAUGCCUCCCCCACAACCUCACCGGUGUACGUGCCCACGACCCGGGUCACCCCCAUGAUCCCCACGCUGCCUUACCUCCAGACACACGGGUCCUCGCAGCAGAGCAACCCCGUGUCAGGCCACUCGGCCUGGGCGCAGCCGGGUUCCGAGUCGGUGCCCUCCUACAACACCGGCAAUGCGCACCACCCUCCGGUUUCCCCGCGGUUCUCCUUCUCCACCAGCCCACCUCUCUCAUCCGGUGUCGCCGCAGCUCGGGAGACGAACACGUUUACUAGUCCGCUCAACAUCUCCACCAACGGGAGGGAUCAUUACGGGACGCGAAGCCUCGGCGGGUCCUACCACAGUCCGUACCCGGCCUAUAUGAGCCCAAACAUGGGUGGGACGUGGGCCACGUCUCCAUUCGACAGCUCCGUCCUGCAUAGCCUGCAGUCCGGGGGCCAGACACGGCACCCCAACCUAGAGCUGUAUGAUGACUUUGCUGAGGGGCGUGAAUGUGUGAACUGUGGGGCGAUGUCCACCCCACUGUGGAGACGGGAUGGUACGGGCCACUACCUGUGUAACGCCUGUGGACUUUACCAUAAGGUGAACGGUAUAAACAGACCCCUCAUCAAACCCCAAAGACGGCUGUCUGCGUCUCGAAGAGUGGGUCUGUUGUGCACUAACUGCCACACCACCACCACCACACUGUGGAGACGCAACGCAGAGGGAGAGCCUGUCUGCAACGCCUGUGGUCUCUACAUGAAACUACAUGGGGUUCCUCGCCCCCUAGCCAUGAAGAAGGAGGGGAUUCAGACCCGCAAACGCAAACCCAAGAACCUCAACAAGUCCAAACCUGGGACUCCAGGCAUGGAUGGCCACACCCCCAGCAGCACUCCCAGUGCUCCUUGUAACUCAGAGGAGCCUCGCCAGAUAAAGACAGAACCAGAGGCACUCAGCCUGUACUCACACCACCACAACACACACACACAGGUUUCGGGCAUCCCAGCAUAUAUAAAUGCCCAGGGUGGGGCCCUGCCCCUCAAGCUGUCCCCUGGGGGGCACGGUGGGUCCUCUGGCUCCAAGAACGAGCCCUGGAACAGCCUGAUCCUGGCCUAAGACAGAGAGGACCACCGCUGACUUCUCACACCGAGCUACACACAGCACAGCUACUGUACCUGCCUUUCUGAGCUCCGGCACUAAGUUAGGUCUGGAGCACAGACACAUAGAACCAGCCGGCAUAGAAAGAUGGGAAUUAAACACAUAAGGAGAACUGUUCAGGUGGAGAAAUCUAUAUCUAUAGAACCAAUGACAAAAAGAAGAGAGAAAAAGUGAAGCACACAUAGCAGGCCUUGAUCGCACUCCCUCAAUUACCCUGUGCUCACAGGAACCUCCAAUGUGCGAGGGAUAAUAUAGGACAAGACAAAAACAAUCCUCUGUUUAUUCAAAGUGAUUUGAUUUCCUUUUACCCACUCGCCGGACGUCACUGUUGAAUGAACUCCAUGGACUUCAUCACUCUGUAUAGUGGGAUAGCCUACUGCAAAAACAAUGCUGUCAAUUAUUUUCACCUUUUCCUAAUGUAUUAUUACUAGCUACUAUGACAUUUGCAUCCUAGUCAUCUUUACUGUGACUUUUUGUGUAUGACAAAACUAUUAUGACAAAACUAUUAUUUGAUUUAAAAAAAUAUACUGUCAUCUCUUACUGAAUAACUACCUAGCCUGGCUACUAAGCUGCUUGUGAUGAAUAAGACAUGGAUUUAGUGGCACAUACCACCCUCUGUAGAUCAUAGUGAAAUUGUGCACCCAUGAAAGGGGCAGAGUGUGUUCCUACAAGCAAGAACUCUAAAAGAUUAUCCUUCCCCAAAAUAAUUGUAGUAAUCUGUGAUAUUUCCAUGUCUGUUUAUUUCAGUGUAAUUGGGUAAGUUCUACAUCCUGGUAUUUGUUCUACUGAAAACAAAAACAAUAUUUCAUUCAAGAAACAAGCAUUUGGAAGCAAAUACUGAUAACAAAACAUAUACUUUAACUAUAAAAUGUUAUGCCUUAGUUUGCUUGUAAAUUGCAGGGGGUAAACACACAUUUGUUAUGGGAAAUAGAGGAGCAUUGUCACAUGUAAUUGACCGUGAAAAUAUGAACAUACAUUUCUAUGUAAAGACUUCACUCCAGUAUAAUUGUAUAAUACACCAUUGUGAUAUACUGUAAGUUACCCUUGAGAACCCCUACUACACAGUGAGAGAUGGCACCUGUAUCUCCAUGAGCUCGAUGUGCACUAACUAACACUGUACUUGAUGCCCUUCCUUAGUGUGCACCUGUAGCUAUACUGAGGAAUGUAAUAAAGACAAGCAAUAGGCA